GACUUCCGAUCAGCAUGAUGAUGUCGGUGGCCUACCGGUCACUCAUCGGACUUCUGUGUUUGAGCGAAUCCCUCCGACUGCAAGUUGAGGCUGUCUCAUUCCCUUGUCGGAGCCUAAAAAAAGUCAAGCAAGGAUCGAUUGUCACCACCCAAAAGUAUGGCAGUAAAUUGUGGUGUGGUCAACCCAGCGGCAAAUUCCUCGCGAUACAGACGGACAAGCUCUUUCACCUGCAAUGCCCAUCAGGCGCUGAAUCGCCGAGGGAAGCCAAGGGUGCGAUCUACGACUUGGCCAACUUGACGCCUGGCACACAAAUCAUUUUUGAGCAGAACGAGAUGUGUUCUGUCGUGCUGAAAUCUUUCACCACGGGUUAUUAUAAUGCCGAAAUCCUCGCCCAGAAGCUUGAUGGCGUCACGGUGCCUUUUAACGGCGUUUCCUGCAACGCUCAGCACUACAUCGAGUACCUGUCUCUGGGCACCGUCAUCAGCCCUUCCGUCGGCCAUUAUUGCCCGGUCUUCAAUACAUUCACAUCUCGCAACACCAUCAACCCGCCCGUUUUCCGGCUCAAAGACAGGAGCGGUCAAUACUACAACUGGCCGCCACAGGACAAUGCGGGAGCCCUCACUCUCGCUGGAAAUGCCGGGAUGAACAGAGUACCGUCGAACACUUCCCACCUGAGUCGCUCCAGUUUCAAAGGCAGCAAGUCCAAGCGUUUCUUCGGCCGGAGGCGGACCACAGCCGACGAGGACAAGAAGGGCGCGGCUGCGGGGGCUGGUGGUCACUUGUGGCACGGUGCCGGAGGGGGUGGUGUCCAUCAUCGUCAUCAUUCCGGCGCGUCCGCCGGUCCGAAGCCGUUUUGGAGCGGCGCCUUGCCCAAGCUUCCCUCCCUGAAUUGGUCCCGAUGGUCGUCCGGCCGAUUGACUUUGCCCCAAUAGCCCCAUGGAUAUAGACUCUGGAUUGGCGGUAGGUUAUGGAAAAUCGUUUCCGAAAAGUAUGGACCAAUAUCGGUUCUGUUAUAUGGCCUAAGCAGUUGCUUAUUGCCUCUUAUGAAAAUAAUGAACUAACUAACCAUGUAUGAAUGAUGAACAGAGCUAUUUGAAUAAAUCAUUUAGAAAGGA